GCGGCUUAUUAUCAAAUCCUGAUAGUCAGUAUGUCGACAUUCGGUGAUUGUCUUUGCGACACGGCUCCCCGUUUAUACUUUAAAACAUUCAACCUUUCUUCAAAUCGGCUCUCACUUUUUUGGAAUAAAACAGAUUAAACCAAUUUUGACCAAGAUGGUUUUAGUGAGACAGUGGACCCGUUUACUAGCAAACGGUUGUUUACCGCGUGCUUUUGCUGUUCGUUUAAAAGAUGGACGAGGACAGCCUGUUCGUUUAAUUCAUACUAAAGAAUCAAAAACUAUUCAUUCACCUCUUUCCGACGUCGAAAUACCAUCCGAUAUAAUUUACGAAUUUGUUUGGAAAAAUUUAGAAAAAUGGCCUGAUCACGACGCUUUGGUAUGUGGACUGACUAAUAGAAAGUAUACGUAUCACCAAGCACGAUUGGCUUGUAAGAGGUUUGCAACUACUUUAAGAAGACGAGGAGUAUCUGAGGGUCAAGUUUUUGCCAUAAUUUUACCUAAUAUUCCUGAAUUUGGUAUUUGUUCUCUGGGAUUCAACGAAGCUGGCAUAGUAGUCACCACCAUGAAUCCUUUAUAUACAUCAUAUGAAAUGGCUCACCAGCUCAAAGAUUCUGGGGCAGUGGGUAUUGUUACAACGCCUGAGCUCUUGUCUCGAGUAAUUAAAGCAGAACAUAUGAUAGCAGAGCCUAAUAAAAAACCUAUAAUCAAUAUAUGCAUUAAUAUAUCCGGUUCUAGAGUAGAGGAAGCCUGGGACUUUUUUGAAAUGAUAGAUUCUUCAGUUGAUACUUCUAGUAAAAUCUCAAAUCACAGAUUAUCAGAAGAUGUAGCAUUCAUGCCGUAUUCAAGUGGCACUACUGGACUUUCAAAAGGAGUUGCAUUAUCAAACAAAAAUUUGGCCAUUAACAUAAACCAACUAAAACAUCCUGAAAUUAAGCAUAUUAUAAAUACUUCUGCGGAUCAUCAAGACGUAAUUCCAGCAAUAUUACCAUUUUAUCACAUUUAUGGCUUAACAGCUAUAAUGCUGAGGGGAUUACAUGAAGGGUGCAAAAUAGUAUCUCUGCCUAAACUUGAAUCAGAACUUUUCUUAUCUAUACUCAAGGAUCACAAAGCAACUAUACUGUACGUAGUUCCACCUCUAAUUUUAUUAUUAGGACAUAAUAAAAACAUCACUCCAUCACAUUUUGAAACUCUAAGAUUAAUUUGCAAUGGUGCUGGUCCUGUAAAGGAAGCUGAUGGCGAAAAAGUACUGGCAAGAUCUAAAAAUAAAAACCUGAGAUUUCUUCAAGCUUAUGGUAUGACUGAAACCUCACCAGUAGUUUUUGUAACAAGAAAUAGUGAUCGAUUCAGUUACUUAACUGUAGGACCUCCAGUUUCUAAUACAAUGGCUAGGAUAGUUGAUCCAAAUGAUUACAGUAUAUUGUAUGGGCCUAACGAAUCUGGAGAAAUUCAAGUUAAAGGCCCACAAGUUAUGUUAGGUUAUCAUAAUAACCCAAAAGCCACAGCAAAUACUAUUGAUUCAAAUGGUUGGUUAAGCACUGGAGAUAUUGGAUACUACGACGAAAAAGAUAACUUUUACAUAUCUGACCGUUUAAAAGAGUUAAUUAAGGUUCAAGGAUACCAAGUACCUCCUGCAGAACUGGAAGGUAUAUUAAGAACUCAUCCGAGUAUCACGGAUGCAGCUGUUGUGGGUAUUCCUCACCCUAAAACAGGAGAAGUUCCACUUGCAUUCGUUGUAGUCGACCCUGAUGCAGCAUCACCAUCCACUGAAGAAGUACAAAAUUUCGUAUCAAAACAAGUGUCGCCUUAUAAACAGAUUACUGGAGGCGUAAAAUUUGUUGACUCACUUCCUAAGAGUGCAGCGGGAAAAAUUCUUCGACGUCUACUUAAAGAGGAAUAUAUGAAAAAUCAACAAUAAAAACUUAUUUAUUUAUAAUAUAUAUAUAUAUAUAUGUUUUAUCAUGUAUAUAUUUAGCUAAAAAAUAUCAUUUAUAUUUAA